CCAAGUUAGCAAAGCACUUAGCUUGGUUCUAGUUCUACAGUCAUUUUUAAACAUGGACUGAUACAAUAUGCUUUUAUACUGCUUUUGGUACCAGCUAUCUUCACACCAGAAUAGGUCGUUAAAUUCGUGCUCCAGAUCAAAGUGAAGUGUAGCUAGCUCUGUACCCUCAGAUUAUUAGUCCUGUAUGAAAAGUACAGUGUGUACCAUUUGUAAUGAGUUUUGAGUUCUCAGACUUGGCCCUGCCAGCUUGAAUUAAUUUAUGUGGCAUCACAUGCCCUUUGAGUGGACAUUCCCUUUUGUCUAUCUGCUGACCUGACUUUCCAAUGGAAUCUUUUUGAACGGUCUAAAACAGACACAACAGUUUCCCAUCAUGCAGCUGGAAGCCCCGCUUCGUCUGUGUCACAGCUGCCUGUGGUGGUGCAAGACUGGCCUGCGUAUGCUGUCCCAGAGCUCUGCACACAAAACGGCUGUUAACUACUAUGAACUUCUGGGAGUGAAGUCUAAUGCCUCCAUUGAGGAAAUAAAGAAUGCUUUUUUUGACAAAUCCAAAAAGUGUCACCCAGACAGUGACCCGUCUAACCCAGGGCUCCACAGUCAGUUUGUGGAGCUGAACGAGGCCUACAGGGUGCUGAGCAAAGAUCUCACCCGGAAGGAGUAUGACCUACGUAUCCGCCAGCCCUACGCUGGAGGUCAAGCUUUCAGAUCCACCUCCAGCUACUCGUAUAACCCCAGAGCGGAUGCCCAGGAGAGCAUGCGUUACUGGGAGCAGUUUCGCCCGUCGCAGGAAAGCAAAGCAGAACAGUGGGAGAAGAAGAGGAAAAGAAACUUCAGGCUGGUGGGCUACUGCCUCAUCACCAUGGUGGUCAGCAUUGGAGCACACGUUCUUUUCUUCAGGAAGUUGGAAGAGGUCCAUAAUAACUUCAUGGAUGAAAAGGACAGAGCGAUCUUGGAGAUCUACAACGAGUCCAAAGAGCGGGCAAGAGUGAAUGGCUUUAAGAAGCAGACGGAAAUCCUCAGACAGAAGCACGCCGAGUUUUUGGAGAAAUACAAGAUCAGUGGGGACAGAGAUGACAAGUAGGACAACAAGCAACGAGUUUGCCUGACUUUGCAUUAGUGAAGUACAGGACAAUGGAGGAGAAAGGUGUUGGUAUUCAACCUUUGUAGAUUUUUUUAAAUUGUUAGCUUUUUAAUUAAUAAACACACUUGUUUGCCUGAUGGUCAGAUAAUGAGCUGAAUGAGUUCAAACAUUCAACGCAGGGGUGAAAUGGGACUAAGUUGAAACGUGGGUACACAAUUCUGUGAGGUUGAACCUUAAACAUUGUGAGCCUGUUGCUAAUUAAGUCACAGUGACAUGCUAAUGCCCCCAGCCACCCUCUCCCAUUCACAGGCAGAAAGAAUGAACUCUCAUACGUCUGUGAAGGUACCGGCUGCAAACAGGGCAUUCUCCCAGAUAUAGAAGACCCAGUUUCGUUGCACAGGGUUUGUGUCAAGAAAAGCAUAGUCGAUAGGCCAAGAGAAUAAAGUGUAACAUUCAGUCUAGAACUAUUACAAAUUGUUUAAGUUUGUGAACACCCCACCAAGACAGUGAGUUUAAGUUAUUGUACCUCUGUUAAGUGUCUUUUAUGGAACUCAUAAACAAGGCCCUUAAUAGAAACUUUCAAUUGCGAUUAAUCUUUUUCUUACUGAAAGGAAGUAGAAUCCAGCAGUUAUAUUUAGUCCGGUGAUGACUUUAAAAGGGAAUAUAACUUUUCUUAUAUUGACACCGGAAUGUCAGUAACGAAUCAGAAUCAGAAUGGGUUUUAUUCGCCAUGAAAGUUUGCACAGACAAGGAAUUAAAGAUCAUUAAAGAUGGAGAGUCAGACUCAUCCUCUAAAAAAGUAAGAUAUGUAUCAUGUAUUAUUUCAGAGUGGAAGACAGCUACAGCUACAACUACAUUAACCGCAAUGCCUUUUUGUUUAUAGUAACAGAUGUUUUUAUUCAGAGUGAUUUUAAUGACCGCCUCAAUUUCUUUAGCUGUUCUGUUAUGGAAUGACGAUUAAAAUGUUUAAUUUAUGCCCUCAACCAACA